CAACAAUUUGAACUCUUCGCCAUCUACUUAGUCAUCAUGGCUAAAUGACAGCCACUCUGCAGUGAAAAAGUAUACUGUACAUACUGUACAUAUCCACAAUGAAUCUUCCUGAGCCUUUGGGCGGUACAUCUGUUGACCUUAGAAGAAAGCUGCUUUUUUCUGUGAGUCAAAACCUGAUCUCAAGCCGGAGUUGUGGACCCAUCCCACCACAUCCAGCAGUUCCCCUUGAUCCAUGGAGCAUCAAAGCCCCUGACUUCACCCCAAAACUCUACACAUCCGUGUGCUUGCCACGAAUCAAGACCAAAAACAUCCAUCUGGUUAAAGCAAAUGAGAGCGUGGAUGAAAAAUCCUUUAUUCUGGAAAAGAGGAAUGAUGUAUUACCAGGACUUGAGAAAAGGAGACAUAAAGUACGACCGUUUAUCACAUUCUACAAACCACCAGACUCACUACAGUCAAAACUGCUGUUUGUAAGAGGAGGGACGUAUCCCGUGGGACCUUACAAAAAUCCCAAACCUCACAACUUCAGACCUUGUGAAGAGGGAAUGCCAGAAAUGGUGACUUCUUUAGAAAAGGAUCCAGGCUGCUUGAAGUCCCAGUGCUUAAAACCAGUCAUUGACAGCCAUCCGGACCUGAACUAUUCAUGUGGAGACACGGCCAGCAAAAUAGACACUUUCAAACCGGCAGAGCUUAAAUGGGACCCAAGACUCAUAUUGCCAAAGUCACCAUGGCCUCCAAAAUCUGCAUCUUACACAAGACAUCGACGCAGAAGAGGAGUGUACAGUGCUUUAAUGGACCGAGUUGAAGAAAAGUUCACAAACUCUUGGAGGAAAUGAAUCCAUUUAGGACAAAAGAAAGAAUGUAGUGCUGUGUCAUUCAGACAAAGCAAGUUUAAACUAAUGUUGAAGUUUUAGUAUGGAGAAAACAGAAGUACUGUAAAGAUAUUUGCUACACUCUUUAGUUUCUGAGCUUGUCUUUUAAUACAUGUACAAACAAGCAAACAGCAAAAUAAUACAAAACAAAU